ACGAGGUACAAAACAUAUCGCCAUCAAAAGAAAUCUUCUGACAGCUCAAAUAGUGACUCUGAUUCAUCACAAGCAAACUCUCCAAAGAGGGCUAGGAGAGACAGUUCCCCGCUACCCAACCCCACAUCACCUGAAGAAAAUUCGAACACUGCUGUAUCAGAAGCUUCAAAUGCCUCAGUCUCGCCUUGCUCCUCUCCGGAUAGAGCUCAUGAACAUGUCGAACCUGGGGAUGAUGCAGAUUGUGAGGGUGUGAGUGACGUGGAGGGCCAUUUACAAGAAGGCAUGAAUGUUUCACACUCACCUGGGGAAAGUGAAGAGAAUGAAACUGAGCAAGAGGGAGAGGAGAAUGAUGAAGGCGAAGGACUUGGAGAUAGAAAUGAAGAGCAAGCAGCAGAGGACAACAUGGAACCAUUUGGAGGAGGGGGUGGAGGUGGAGUAGGUGAUAGUGAGGGAAGUGGAGAAGACACAGCAGUAGAGAAUGAUUGUGAAGAAAUUGAAAUGGAUAAUGAAAGUGAAGCUGAUGUUGAAGAUGAUGACGAUGAUGACCAUGAUGAUGACCCUCUCUACAAUGGGGCUCGGUCAACUUUCGGGCAAAGUAUGCUAGCCAUCUUAACUUUUAUUUUAAGUCAUAAACUAACAGGCAUUUGUGUAAAUGACUUACUGUCAUUAAUAGAGUUACACUGUGCUGCAAACAAUCUGUGUGUGAAAACUAUUUACAAGUUUAAACAGUAUUUUAAAAUGAUAGGGAAAAAUUUUAUCACUUGUCACUAUUAUUGUUCCGUGUGUCAACUAGCUGUGGCCGGGAAGUACUAG